CUGAGUCAUACCCCCCCCUAGUUCUGUCAAACUGAAACACCCGCAGCAUGCAGACAUCUCUUUGUCAGUCUGACUAGAGCCACAGGGAGCUGAACCAUAGUCCAAUAGGUUAAUGCAUGAAUAGUUUAAGAUGGAGAAUGAUGAUGAGAGUUACAAGCAAUUCCUUGAUCUCGUCUACGAGUCGUACAAUGACUCCUACAAUGAGUCCUCCACCUAUGUGACAGACGAGCUUGUCACCCUGUGUGAGACGGCCGACGUGAACAAGUUUGGUGCCACAUUCAUCCCCUUGUUCUACCACAUGAACUUCCUUUUGAGCCUCCUAGGAAAUGGCCUAGUGCUGUGCAUCAUAUACAAGUACGAAAAACUCAACAGCGUCACCAACAUCUUUCUCCUCAACCUGGUCUUCUCCGACAUCCUGUUUGCCUGCAGCCUUCCUUUCUGGGCCACCUACCACUCAACAGAAUGGAUAUUUGGACGGGCACUGUGCAAGAUCGUGGGGAGCAUGUACUGUAUUGGGUUCUACAGCUCCAUUCUCUUCCUCACCCUCAUGACCUUUGACCGCUACCUGGCGGUGGUGCACGCCAUCACGGCCGCCAAAAGCCGCAGAAAGCUGUACGCUUGCAGUCUGUCUGCAGCUGUGUGGUUGGUCAGCAUCCUGGCAGGCCUUAAAGAGCUGGUGCUGUAUGAUGUGUGGAAACAUCAUUCUAUGGGGUACAUGUGUGAUGAAACGGGUUACUCCGAGGCCGUCAUGACCAAAUGGAAGUUGGUUGGCUAUUACCAGCAGUUUCUGGUCUUCUUUCUGCUCCCUCUGCUCAUGGUGCUGUACUGCUACAUUCGAAUUACCGUCCGAAUCAUGUCUACUCGCAUGAAAGAAAAGUGCCGUGCGGUCAAGCUCAUCUUUGUGAUCAUCUUCACUUUUUUCAUUUGCUGGACUCCAUAUAACGUUGUCAUUCUGCUACGUGCUCUCCAUAUUUCCCGCUCCGACAACUCCAAUGAUUGUUCCGAAGCUCUGGACUACGCACUCUACGUGACGCGUAAUGUGGCCUACCUGUAUUGCUGCGUGAGCCCCGUGUUCUAUACCUUCGUAGGAAAGAAGUUCCAGAGCCAUUUCAGGAAACUGGUGUCCAAACGCAUUCCGUGUCUGAAGAGCACGCUACUGACCAGCCAGAGCUCAAGGACCACGUCGCAGAGAAGUCCAUACACCAACUGUGACUACUAGAAAACAGACCUGUCUUAGAAAAAAACGAAAUAGGUUUGUAGAAAGAUUGCUUUUUCCUGUUACUUGGAGUUCACAUUUUGGAGACAGAAUGUUGGAUGAGUAUUUGUGUGGGAAGUAAAUCCUCGUAAAAUGUCAGUAGGACUAGGCUUUAUACUGCGUGAGUUUGCAAAAGCGCCUAAGGUGUAGCCCAUGCAAGUGAAUGUGUGGGGUAUUCAGGGCCAUAUUGUGAGUGUGGACUGUGCCAGCUGACUUUUACAGUAGGUCUGUUUGACGAUUUUAUGAUUGCAUGAUUUGUUCAGGUGACGAAGUUCUCAGAACGUACUGUUUUUGAUGCGGCUUGCCUUGCUUCAUUAAACAUAUUUAGGCUACGCAUUAAAACAAAGUAAAGCAUGCAUUAAAAUACAAGGAAUUUAG